AAAGUGAAUGAAUGUAUAUGCAUGGUACAUGAGAGAAGCGCGUUGAAUCCAUAAAAUCUGGAUCCUAAUUAACGUUCCUUAAAUUUGUUGAAGUCAAAAUCAUUUGUGAAAUUAUUAAGUACUGUACGUUUUUGCCAACAAGUUAUUUAAAUGCUUCUCUAUAUAUAAGGGUACAAUCAUGCCUCAUUCUUCUCAUCUAAUCAACAAGAAUCUUGCCUCAAUUAUCAUCAUUUUAUAACUUAGUUCAAUCUUGAGGACAUAUAAUAUGAAGCAAAAGAUUGUGAUUGAGGUGCCAUUAAACUGUACCAAAUGCAAGAAGAAGGUCUUGACCAUAUGCACCACUGCAGAAGGUGUGACGGCAGUUAAGUUUAUAAGAGAUGGUAAAGAUCGAGUGGAGAUUAUAGGAGAAGGAGUUGAUGCAGCUGAAGUGACACAAGAUUUGAGGAACAAGCUUAAGUUUGCUAAACUAGUUAAUGUGUCCAAGCUUGAUUAGACUCAUGUAUGUCUGGUAUAUUAGUAUAAUCUCAACUUCAUUGCCAACCUUAAUUAGUGGCUUCAUUCUAUAUCUUAUAUUAUUUUGUUCGUUUAUGAUAUUUUCAUCUUCUUCUUCCAAUUGAUAUAGCCGUGAGCUUAGAUUCUGAAGUGUGAAGUGUAAUAUUGUAACAACAUGAAAUGUAAAUCGUCUAAUGUUACGUUCAUAUAUAUGUUUAUUAAAAGGGUGAUCUCUUUUUAUUAACAUUCAUUUAAAUUGUUGUAAAAGCAGACAUAACAGAUGUGAGAUUGAACAAGAAAAUAUGAAAGCAUGAAGCAAACUUU